CAUUGAUUUCUGGGCGUUGUAGUCCCGGCGUGUGCGAGCAGGCAUGGCUGUCUGCAUCGUAGUGGGGAACGGGGGCACCUUGGGCUUGGCCCACAGCUUCCGAGCGUCUCCAGGGCUGCUUCCUGGGCUGGGCUGCGUCGCUCGCUGGGUCCGCGCCGGGCACAGCAAUGGGCCUUCGGAGCCUGGCGCGUUCCGGCCGCCGCCGAAACCGGUCAUCGCGGACAAGCGCCGACGCCCGCGCGAGGAGAGGAGGUUCUUGAGUCCUGAAUUUAUUCCUCCUAGGGGAAGAACAGAUCCUCUGAAAUUUCAGAUAGAAAGAAAGGAUAUGUUAGAAAGGAGAAAAGUACUCCACAUUCCAGAGUUCUAUGUCGGAAGCAUACUACGUGUAACUACAUCUGACCCAUAUGCCCAAGGAAAAUUUAGCCAGUUUCUGGGAAUUUGCAUCCAGAGGUCUGGAAGUGGACUUGGAGCUACUUUUACUCUUAGGAAUACUAUUGAAAGACAAGGUGUUGAGAUUUGCUUUGAUCUGUAUAAUCCUCGAAUCCAUGAGAUCCAAGUGGUCAAAUUAGAGAAACGGCUGGACGAUAGCUUGCUGUACUUACGAGAUGCCCUUCCUGAGUACAGCACUUUUGAUGUGAAUAUGAAGCCAGUAACACCAGAGUCCAACAAAGAAGUUCCUGUUAACGAGCUGAAAGUAAAAAUGAAGCCUAGGCCUUGGUCCAAACGCUGGGAACGUCCAUAUUUUAAUAUUAAAGGAAUCAGAUUUGAUCUUUGUUUAACUGAAGAACAAAUGAAAGAAGCUCAGAAGUGGAGUCAGCCAUGGCUUGAAUUUGAUAUGAUGAGGGAAUAUGAUACUUCAAAAAUUCAGGCUGCAAUAUGGGAUGAAAUUGAAGCAUCAAAAAAGUCUUGAUUCUGAGAAGCCUUUGGUUACCUGCGGAGGAUGUAUUGUCUUUUAGAGGGUUUAUCUUGAAAGCAAUUUAUGUUUAUUUAUAAGAACAUAACCCUUAAAUAAACUAAGCAUUCUUUUUCUAAAUUAGUUUUCAAAAAAUAA